AUGGAUCAAGGCAGCGGCUAUGCUUCGCAGAAGCUCGAGGAUCAGCUACGCGACAUGAUCAUGAACAACAAGCCCCCUCAGCAGCAUAACGAUCCUCGAGUUCUGCCUCAAUCUCCUCACACGGCUCAUGGUUAUCCUCCAAGACCUCCUCUCGGAUUCGGNGGGCCGCCUUCCAUAACUGCUCAGCCGCGCUACUCUAACAAUAUCCCAAUGGAUCGUCACCAAGACUUCUCCCACUUCUUACAGCAGCACCAUGCAACUGCUCCUGUUCCUCUGCAGUCUCGUCAUGCACCUCCACAGACACAUAACAACAACAACUUCCGUGCCCAGGGUCCUCAUCGCACCUAUAACGCUCUACCCAUGGAUCCAAAUGCUUUUGAUAGACCUCCGCAUCAAGGACAACGCAUCCAUCAACCCUAUUCUCAGCACCGGCCGCAUCAAAAUCAACACCAACAUCAUCCUCAGCAACGUCAACUGUAUCAGCCGCAAUCUCGCCCCCAGCAGACUAACAAUCCUUACCUCGAACGCCAAGCCUCCUUCCUGGAUUCACUCGCUAGCCACGAGAUCUCGAAAACGCAAAUGCUGGAUUCAGAAAUCGAAUUGAAAGAUGCGUUCCGUCUCAAGCUGCAACGCAUCUUCGAGAACCUCAAGUCUCCUGAUCCAGAAAAUCCCUUGCCUUCUGUCGAGUUGGCUAGCUUUGGCAGUCUUAGUUCGGGCUUCGCCACUGCUGGCUCUGAUAUGGAUCUGGCCAUCGUCACCUCAUCUGAGCACGACUUAGAUCAGCGAUUUUCUUCUCAUGAGAACGGUCUUCCCCGAGUCCUCGAAAAGGAACUACUUGACAACGGUAUCGGCGCUCGUCUACUUGCUCGUACGCGUGUGCCCAUCAUCAAGAUCUGUGAAUUGCCGACAUCGGAACUCUUGGACGCUCUUCGAGAAUCUCGCGAAAAGUGGGACAAUCUACCUGAAGCUGAGAAGUAUGCCACUUCAAAGCCGGCUGCCAACGACACAGCCACCGAGAAGGAUGCCCCAGAUACUCAGUCAUUGCCCUCUCAGCCUGAUUCUAAGACUGGUGGUAAUGAGCCUACUGUACAGAGUGAUGUGGAUCCUCGAGCACAAAAGUCUGCAGACGGUGUCGCAUCACUUGUCGAGUCAACCCAAGCUCUCGAAAUUGACUCAAAGGUGUCCUCGAGCCCACUUGAAGUCACUGCUAAGUCGGAAAAUACACAACAGUCUGACCAACACCAACCCCAGGACAAAGAGGCAAAUCGUCAACGAAAUGACAGAAGCUGGCGACGCGAAAAGGCUGCCGGCCCUCUGGACUUCCCCAAGGAUGGUGUUGGCAUUCAGUGUGACAUCAACUUCUUCAANCCCCUAGGUAUCCACAACACUCAAAUGUUGCGAUGCUACUCAAAAUGCGAUCCCAGAGUUCGACCCAUGGUCCUCUUCAUCAAGUCAUGGGCUAAGCGAAGGAAGAUCAACUCUUCCUACUCAGGCACCUUGUCGUCGUAUGGGUACGUGUUGAUGGUUUUGCAUUACCUUGUAAACGUAACAAACCCACCUGUUCUGCCUAAUCUACAACAUGAGGCUGAAUCAAAUGGUCUGCCUGCUACUACCGUUGACGGCUACGAAGUUCGCUUCUUCGAUCAGGAAGACAUGAUCGAAAGUCGUGCUAGCCAAGGUGCAAUUACGCAGAACAAGGAGUCGCUGGGCAAUUUGUUAGUUGGUUUCUUCAGGUACUAUGCCGUCAAUUCUGGUGGGUUCUUUUGGACGCGCGAUGUCCUCAGCUUGAGAUCUCGAGGCGGCAUCAUGUCCAAGUUGGAAAAGGGUUGGACUGGUGCAAAGACUGAAGUCGGCGACAACAAGGAGGUGCGCCACCGAUAUCUCUUUGCAAUCGAGGAUCCCUUCGAGACUACGCACAAUGUUGCGAGAACUGUCACGCACAACGGCAUUGUCGCCAUCAGAGAUGAGUUCCGUCGUGCAUGGCGCAUAAUCGGUGCCAUUGGCCGUAACAGAGAAGAGCCUGAAGGCGGCCUGUUCGACGAGUUGACUGAAGCCGAAGAACAAGGACCUGCUUCUACAGCUCCACCACCGACUGUCAACAAAGUUCAGGCAUAUGGUCAGCAAUUUCCAACUCUUGCUGGUGCCCCAGCCAAUACUGUUGCUGCGCACAAGCCACGCUCGCCAGUGCGCGCUCCUGCGCAACCAGUUCAACCGGCUCAGCCUUCGACACAAGCACUUGCACAAGAGGCUGCACCCUCGCAGCCAGAAGUUGCUCCUUCUGCGCCUCGUGGUAAAGGGCGUCGUCAGAAGUUUGUGCCUCUCAACCUUUAA